UAGCGUCACUCACUGCCCUAUGUAGACCGGAGAAAAGAGAGAACCAUUCACUUAACCGUGGUCACAGAAGCGUGGAGGAGGAAGACUUAACAAAUCUGGUGGGCAGAGAGAAGCUAUACUUGUGUCUGCUAAGAUCAAAAUAACGGUUUCACGGCAGAACCAUCGCUUACUGGAUUUUCGAAAGUUUGCACAGCCGGCAUAACGCGUCCCGGGACCAAAGCUCUUACGUAACCAGGACUGGAGGGAACCAUCAGUCUGCAACUCUGCCCCAAGAUUCCACACAGAAGGUGUGCCCCUGAAGAGACUCCAGCCGCCAGGUUCUUUGGACUAUCCUCCAGUACGAUGUAGAGACCAGCAGAGAGAAGGCAACAAGACAGCGAAAGAUGAGAACCUAACACGGCCGAGCACAGAGCGGAAAGCGAGCGAGAGACACCCGACCAGAGAAGAGAGAGGAAAAACCAGAGCAUCGCAUUCGCGUCAGGGGACAACGUGAGCCAAAGAGAGAGAGAGAGAGAGAGAGAGAGAGAGAGAGAGGGGGACAGAGAACGAAAGUUAGACGGAGGGCUGUGAAUCAUUGACCGGAGCCCUGCCUCUAGGCCAGCCUACCCCUCCUCCUCUCCCUGCUCCCGCUGUAGCCUUCAGUCUCUCGCUCACAUCCUGAGGAGCAGGGUCUCUCUCUCUCUCUCCCAGGGGAACCCCAGACCCUCUGACCUUUCACCCCCACCUGGCGACCUCCGGACCACCUCCCACCCCAUCCAAAACGGACCGAAUCCAAACGUCGUCGAUCGCCGAUCCCGCGCGCCGCCACCCGAGGCGGAGAGGAACCGUCCAGACUCCUCCUUCCCCCCCCGCCUCCGCCGCCGCCGCCAUGUGUCACGUCAUCGUCACCUGCCGCUCCAUGCUGUGGACUCUGCUGAGCAUCGUGGCGGCCUUCGGCGAGCUCAUCGCCUUCAUGAGCACCGACUGGCUGGUGGGCUUCCCGCGGACGCCGGACGCCGUCUUCGGCCCGCACGGCUCGGCCACCGCCGGCGAGGCGUACCGGCCCACGCUGGGCCUCUACGGCCGCUGCAUCAAGCUGCCUCACCUCCGGCGAGGCGUGCUGUGCGGACCGUACGCCGUGCACUUUGGGGAGAUCGCCAGCGGCUUCUGGCAAGCCACGUCCAUCUUCCUGGCGGCGGGAAUCCUGCUGCUGUGCGCCGUGGCGUUCAUCUCCGUCUUCACCAUGUGCUUCCAGAGCAUCAUGAAGAAGAGUAUCUUCAACGUGUGCGGGCUGCUGCAGGCCAUCGCUGGUGAGGGCGCACACACACACGCACACACAGACGCCCGUGCACACGCACACGCCCGUGCACAAUCACAAUGUGGUUUCUGCCUUGUUGAUGGCGUUGUGUUUGUUUUGCGCAGGGCAUCUGUUUAGAGGACAUCGCUGGGAUGUUUAAACAGUUCGUUCUGACUGACCACACUGUUUCUGUUCACCCCGCUAACCUUUCAGGGUUUAAACAUUGACCAGAGUUGUUAGGGUUUGCCAAAAGCACACACACACACACACACAGCCCUAGAGCACAUUAACCUGCACUCUCUGUAUGUUUGACUCCUGUGUGAAGUGUGCUGACCUCUGACUCCUGAGCUUAGCAACAACAGACCCAAAUAUUUAUUUUCUCUCGAGUCGGCCUUUUGAUUGGACGGGAGGUGGGGUCAUGUGACGUGUGUGUGUGUGUGCCCAUAUCUCUUGGUCUCCGAACGGCUGUGGUGAAUUACGGAACUCGCCGGGAGGGUCAUUUGAUGGAUACCUUUUUCCCCCCCCCCCCUAGUUCCUAGCUCUCUGACCUCCCCCAGAGGCUUUCCUUUGGUCCUGACUGUGG